UGCUCUUUUCUAUCCACUCCGGUCUCUCCCCUCUGCCGGCCUGCCUACCUGCCUGCCUGCCUGCCAAGCCAACCGAACCAUCGGUCUGACCUUCCUGGACUCCUCCAUUCAGAAGAAAAACUCAGCAGUCCAAAAUGUCUAACUUCAGGAGCACCUCAUACAGUGUGAAGACUGCCCCCAGCUCAAGAACCUUUAGCAGCAGAUCUUAUGGUGGACCAAGCUCUGGCUCCUCCCGCAUGAGCUACAGUGUCAAGUCUUCAUAUGGAGGAGUCAACAGAGGCUUUGGGGGAGCUGGUGGCAUCACCAGCAGCGCUGCCUUUGGCUUGGGCUCAAGUAUGGGUGGUGGAGGUUCAGGCAUGAGUGUAGGUAUGGGAUAUGGUGGAGGUUCUGCCUUUGGUGGCAGUAUGGGUAUGGUUCAGCCCCCCAUCACCGCUGUGACUGUGAACAAGAGCCUGCUGGCCCCUCUGAACCUCGAGAUUGACCCCACCAUCCAGGCAGUCCGCACCCAGGAGAAGGAGCAGAUCAAGAGCCUUAACAACCGCUUUGCUUCUUUCAUCGACAAGGUAAGAGCAUGAAAUAGAGGGCAAACACAAGUGUGUGGUUAGAAACUUGAAGUUGGCUUGCUGUUCCAUACAAAAACUGCUCAGGGUGGCUGGAAAGACCUGACAAAGUUGUCUCAAGAAGCUGAAACUUUCCCUUCAGUGCUGCACAUUGUUAUGCAAUAUUUGAAAAAGAGCUCCAUAUGUGUGCCACAUGUCUUGUACUGCUGAUAUCUUCACAUCCUGCAUGGAUAGGGUUGAUUUAUUCUCCUCUCUUUUGUGACGCCACCUCCCACAAAUGCAGUCAAGGCAGAGAAAAAAUGUGCUCAAACUUAGAAGUUCGGCUCUCAAUCUUUUUGGCACUGGCUGCCCUUUUAUAGUGAUGAAAAACAGACUUGCAGAAAGGAGUGACAGUGAAAGACAAAGAGAAAGAGAGAGAGAGAGAGAAAGCAAUGGGUGUGGCAGGGCAGAACUCAGGGCUUGUGAUACGAGUUACCUUGGGACUGGUCCCUCCCUUUGCUGGGGUGUGGCCCUUUUUCUGCUGCCCUGGUGGCCCCCACCCCUCCCCAAACGCACACAGACAGUCAGCUGAGUGUGAUUGUUGACUUUAUUAGGACACUGUCUCUAAAAGUGACUAACUAAAAGACACGUACGGGGAAAGUGUGAUAGGAUUUCAUUCAUUUCAGACAGCACUGAAGUCCACCGUUUAUGUAAUAGUCACAGUGAAUGCAGUGUCUGGGGCCUCAGCAGUGGGUUAAUAUUUAAAAAGGCUGGUUGGUUUUAUGUUUCCAUCAACAUGGCAACUCACCGUCUACUGGUGCAAUGGUUAGAGGGAGAUAAAAAUGCAGUUUGCAUGCUUCAACAGAAACUAAAUAAACUCCCACACUGCUGUCUGAUAUCUCAUGGUGGUAGAUCAAGUGGAGGCUCUUUAUACUCCAUCUGAGUCCACUUUUAAAGACCACAAUAAGAUACUGUUGUGUGGGUCUCACCUGCAAUGAGCUAAGGUGUAAGGUUCACUAUCUCCUUUUACUGUUCACAAAUAUGUGAACUCCCCCACCUUUUCACCUUCUCCCCACAGCUCAUUUAUCACCCUCACUGUCCCUACCUCCACCUCUCUCUGACUCUCUCCCCUCCCUCAUCACAUCUUCAAUACAGUUAAAUAUUUACCCACCUGCAUCUGCCUGGGGAUGCAACUCCACUUAUACACCCUUCUCUCUCCCUCUCUGUAUUUGCCCUCUUUGGCUACAAAAACAGGAAGACAUGUAGGAGAAGGGUUAAACAGUUCUGAUUCCUCCAUCACCAACUUUUUCCAACCUCCCUCCCCUCUCCACCUCCUGUCAGGAUGCACGUACGUCAGGCCUUCCUUUGGAAAAGCAUAUCUGGAAACACAGCCAACUGGAGCUAACAAAGCUCCAAAGAUAGAUAAGAACAAUAAAGACUCGAGGCGGAAAACAGGAGGCAUGAGGAGGUUGGAUCCCGGUGAUUGAUUAUUAGGAAGUUGUUAUGUAAAGGGCAGAGUAGAGUGGGGUUACAUCACAGUUUAAACAGAAUUCAUUACUAAUGAUUUGUUUUAGCAGUCAAGCAUGUAAGUCACACAUACAUUGCGAGUUAUUAAAGGUUAGCUCCAAGAAACCCUUGAAAAAUAAGUAAAACAUUAUGUGCUUUCUUCUCAGGUGCGCUUCCUGGAGCAGCAGAACAAAAUGCUGGAGACCAAGUGGAACCUGCUGCAGGGACAGACCACCACCCGCUCCAACAUCGACGCCAUGUUCGAGGCUUACAUCGCCAACCUGCGCAGACAGCUGGACAGCCUGGGAAAUGACAAGAUGAAGCUGGAGGCUGACCUGCACAACAUGCAAGGCCUGGUGGAGGACUUCAAGAACAAGUGAGUUUGGAGAGGGGUCAUUUAGGGUGCUAGUUUAGCUAUGCGCUAUAAGGCCUGUUUAGCCAUCGUGAAGACUUUUAGAAACUUUGCUACAGUCCUUGAAUUUCCUCAACAUAGAAAUCCAAACAGUUCACAUCAGGAGACUCAACUUUCAGGGCGCUGACUUAAUCUUUUAGUGGACUCCUCCCUGCAUCUGUCCAUUGUCUUGCGUCAUAUGAACUCUAGAGAAUUACAACAUUGAGGAAGCAUGUUCCAAACAGCCGUUACAUUGCAUGUUACACUCCAACAAAGCCAAACAGAGCAGCCCUAUAGCUUUACCCAAGAGACUGCAAAUUGAACAGGCACAAAAGUGCUGUGUGUAGAAGUCACUCGUCCACACACAAAUGGAGUGAAUCAGCUGUGUUCAGAAGGAGCCUCAGGGGAGAAAUAUCAGUAACACCUGUUACACUCAGGCCUGAGUCAACACUUUGUGAGGCCGUUGUCCCAAGGGAGUCCGAGAGUAAUAGAAAGGCUGUUUGCACCUCCUAGUGUUCAUUCAACAUAAGUGAAUGAAUGUUGAAUUUUUGACUGAAUUUCUCUUUUCCUUUCAGGUAUGAAGAUGAGAUUAACAAGCGCACAGAGUGUGAGAACGACUUUGUCCUCAUCAAGAAGGUCAGCAUCAUCAUUUUCCUCUUUGAGUUGAAUUCAACAGCAGUUUUUUUCGGCUAGUCAGCACUUGGAGGUGUCUUAGUCUGACAAAUAUUUUAAUUAAUUGCAGGAUGUCGAUGAGGCUUACAUGAACAAGGUGGAGCUGGAGGCUAAGCUGGAAAGUCUGACAGAUGAGAUCAACUUCCUCAGGUCGAUCUACGAGGAGGUAAGGAGCACAAAUCAGCACACUGGGUGUUUCCUUCUUUCUUCCAACCUCAAAACCACUUGGAGCGUCUAUCAGCAGUUUUUAAGAUUUAUCUCUUCUGUCGUUAAAUUCUUGCAGUGUUUGCAGAAGUUUUUCUCAGCAUCUGUUUUGCAUCUUGACUUGUAUCUUGAAUCGUCCCUGAAAGUACUUUCACUGGAUGUUUGCCCUUAUGGAAAGGGGACUCACUGAUCUCUUUUUUUUGUUUACUUGUUUAGGAACUCCGUGAGCUCCAGAGUCAGAUCAAGGACACCUCAGUCAUUGUUGAGAUGGACAACAGCCGCAACCUGGACAUGGACUCCAUUGUGGCCGAGGUCAGGGCUCAGUAUGAAGACAUCGCCAACCGUAGCCGUGCUGAGGCAGAGACGUGGUACAAGAGCAAGGUAAAGGAGGAAACCUUUUUUUUCCUCAUGAUCAGGUUUUUACUUCUUUUGUGAACCUGCAACUUGCAUGUGUAGAGCACAUUGAUAUUUAAAGACAAGACCUGCCAUUUUCACCUUAGCAAAAUUCAAUUUCAUUCAAUAUUCUUAGCAGGGUUUUCAGUGUUUAAUGUGUUGCCUUCUGAUGUUUCUUUAGUAUGAGGAGAUGCAGACAUCCGCCAGCAGAUAUGGUGAUGACCUGAGGUCAACUAGAACAGAGAUCGCAGACCUGAACCGCAUGAUCCAGAGACUUACAUCAGAAAUUGAUGCCGUCAAGGGACAGGUACGGUGUCUUAGAUGGUUUUGAAACACAAAAUAGUUUUUUGUAACUACCAGGACUGUGCACAGAGCCUCACUUCUUGUAAUCUCUUCCUGCAGCGUGGUAACCUGGAGGCCCAGAUCGCUGAGGCUGAGGAGCGUGGUGAGAUGGCAGUAAAGGACGCCAAGGCCCGCAUUAAGGACCUGGAGGAUGCCCUGCAGAGAGCCAAACAGGACAUGGCCCGCCAGAUCAGAGAGUACCAGGACCUGAUGAACGUCAAGCUGGCUCUGGACAUUGAGAUCGCCACCUACAGAAAACUCCUGGAGGGAGAGGAGGACAGACUGGCUAACGGCAUCAAGGCAAUCAACAUCUCCCAACAGAGCAGUAAGUCACAUCCCAUUCAUGUUUUUAUACUGACUGGAGUCCAAAGAUCUAUCUUCAAUGACUGCACACCAACAUUUAUCAGUGUUUUACAACCCAUUUGUUGUCCAAUGGGCUAUUGUUCUAGGUUUUUAUGCAUGUAUUCAAAGUUAUACAGUAUCAGAUUCACAACAACAAAAAGUAGACACAAUCUAAAUCAAAGCUACUCUUCCAUUCCUGUCAUGAACCAAGCAUCAGAAGACUUGGAAUGUUUGUGCUCUACACUGAACAGAGUUGGGUGGAGUGUUCAGCUGGUUGAGAUUGUUACAACUCAAAGAUGUUUUUUGUGUCUACCUGGUUUUGAAAGUGAGGCUGCUUUAGAAGUGCCCUGUCUCGAUAGUCUUGUUGCUGCCGGCAGGAUGGGCUUCAACAAAGUUCUUCUGAUUGUGUAAAAGUCUAAAAGGAAACAAACCUGCUUCUCCUGAUUUAUCAUCUUAACAUUAACUCUGGAAAAACCUUUCCAGAGUUAAUGCUCACAGUAUCUAGUUUUCGUACUUUCCUGCUGCAGCUCGAAGUAAAUAUGGUGAAAUUCAAACUAAAUCAAACAGAGAAAGCAGAGCUUCUGGCAAAAUUUACUUUAAUUUGCUAGUGGGCAUCACAUGGCCUGUCAACCAGGAGAGUGGCAAUACACUGCUGUAUUUUCUGCCUGCACAGCAAGAAGUUGGAGUGUGGGAAAUUCAAAGCUUGAGGCUUCAGAUUUGGCAGAUUGGGAAACAAAAAAGAUUAGCUAUGAUUCAACGAUGUACGAUAUGAUACAUUAUGAUGUGUAAAAUACUUUGCAUACAUUUCCAACAAAUAUUUAGUAUCCCAUUGUGUCAAUAUUAUAUCAUACCUAAUUGUACUGCUUUUGUCAUAUUGUUUUGCAUCAUUGUGUAUCCUAGCAUUCUGUACUAAUUGUAUGGAAUCAUUUUGUACCUUAUUGUAUAUUGUAUCUUGUCUCAUUGUGUUAGGUUUUGUUGUUUUUUUAUUCAGUCAAUCCAACUCAACUGAUCAUGGUGUACUUUUUCACUUAGUAUUUGUGUUCAUCCAAAUUACCCAAAGACGGCCAUCACACAGUUUAUGUCCCCUUCCCUUUUUUUAGUUUUAAAUGUCUCUAAACUUUUAUGAGUCUUAACGAUGUUGUCCUCUCUCUCUUCUCUAAACAGCAAGCUACGGUGGUUUCCCCACGGAUAGCAUGAAGAGCAGCUACUCAAGCUACUCCUCCAGCGGCUACAGCAGCGGAUACGGCGGCGGCAGUGGCAGCGGCUAUGGUGCCGGCAGCGGCUACGGUGGCAGCAGUGCAAGCUACAGCAGCGGUGGCGGCAGUGGCGGCUACAGCACCACCCAGAGCAAGAAGAAUGUGGUUAUCAAGAUGAUUGAGACCAAGGACGGCAGAGUGGUGUCCGAGUCUUCUGAGGUCAUCGAGGAUUGAGCUGUCUAGUUUAGAGGUGUAGUUACCUGUCUGCUAGUUUUCCUGUUUAAACUUACAGUUCACACCCCUGAAACUAUCAUAAAAAAGUCUGAAGACAAAUGCUUGCCAGCCACUCUUAAGUAGAGCUUAAAGAUACUUUCAUGAAGAAAUGAUCCUAACACUACCAAAGAUCUGAAAGGGACCAAAGAGUUUAUUUUGUAUGUCUGACUGUCUGUACUAAAAAGUUGUAUUGUCUCGGAAAGUGACAGAAAAAUGGGAAAUUGCAAAUAUGGAAGAUUUUUAGAAACAGCACUCCCUUGAAAUCUAUGCAACAUGUAAUCCAUUUCAUUCCAAAUUGUGUUGCAUCAAACGGACCGUGGUGUCGUCAAAGGACUGUGAAUGUACUGAAACAGUGCUUCAGCGUUGUUGGUCAACUAAUGUCUUAACUUGCCUGCUCCAGUAGGUAGUGCAUGUCUUCCCUGUGCGUGUCUUGUAACUGAAAUUGUUGGACCCCUUAGGAGGCUGCCCACAUCACACUGUUGUCCUGAGGUGCUGUUUUUGCUACCAAACAAAAUAAAAACGUGUUUACUGAAAAAAAAAAGUGUUUGUUUUAAUCUUUAUUGUAUACUUGAGAAAGAAUGUAUUUUAUAGUGAUAAACAUAAUUUAUAGCAGUCUACAACCUAUACUGACAUUCCGACCCAACCAACACAGCCCUGUCAGCUGGAGUCAUCGGUAAAAUAUUUUGUGAUAUGACUGCUUUCAAAAUUGACUUGAUUUAUAAGCUAAGCUAUUGCACAAAGAAAAGAUUGCAGUGGAUUAUUGCAAAAGAGAGACUUAAUUAUUUUAAUUAACAUCUCUAAAGCCUCAUUUACUAACAUGUAUUCCAUUUUUCCCAUUUUACUUUGAGGUUAUCAACCUAACCCAUCCAGUGUGAAUAAACUAAAAAUAAAAUAAUCUAAAAAUUAAAAUAAAAUGUGAACUGGAUUUGAGUUGUCCUAGCAUCUUCUGUUGCCUCUUAGCCUCUCAAGUUCAGGCAAACACAAAGAACUUGACAGAUAUUGAGACUGACAAAGUAAUUUUACCGUUUAUUUGUCAGUUACCAUUUACCACUGAGAAAGCACUUAUCUCUAACUAUGUUGUACAUACUUUAAGUGGCACAGGCAGGAAUUUGAUCUGAAACUAAAACAGACCUUAAAUGAUAUUUGUAAGAUAUUGGGACGAAGCUUAAAAAUCUAAUCCAGUGUUCUUAGAUAGAUACUGCGAUUGUGCUUUUACUGAGUGAAUAUAAAUCACGUUACCAUAGACUGUAUAUAGAAUGGAUGCUGCCUGCCUCCACGUUGGGUGAAUUCACCUUGUAAACAGCACCCUCUGGUGGUGGGCUGCAGUAUAGGUCAUAAAUCCGGCCUCCUCAGCAAUCCCUAUGGAGCUGUGGACAAACUUAAGAAAUUUAUUACACAGAAUAUAAAUCUCUUUCCCCCCUGCUUGCGAUGUUGACAUGUAUUACUGUACGACUGGUUUGUGCUCAAGUCCUCUUUUUUCUGUGAAGCUCCAUUUUUAAAAUCUAAUAGGGGGUUCAUGUUUUCUAUGAUUGACACUUGAUACAGCCAAUGGAUGUCCGAAGAUUGUGUAGCUCACGUAGUCAUCACAGCAACUCUCUGAGGCUCUCCCGCCGAAUGCGCACAAUGUUACUUUGCAAGUGGUGGUUCCAGGAAGCUGAGAAAAUUCCUGAACUACAGAGAACAGUUUGGCUUCAAAUUCGUAUAAUGACAGAAGGUGGAGCCAAGUUGUCUAUAGAAUAUACAGUCUAUGGAUGUGACUUAAACCCAACAGGUAAAACAAGAGAGGGGAGACUGAAAGGGGGUUAUGUGUUAUCCAUUACCGACUGAAUGCAAAAGCUCUGUGUGUGGAUGAAUACAACAUUUGUUCCAGUAACACAUCCCCUGAGUCUUACUCCCUGAAACUGAAGUUUUGUUGGUGAAAUAAAGCUUUCCUCCACCAUGAAAGAUCUAGACAUGAUGUGGGGAAACCACGCUGAUGGUUACCAUGGAGAACCAAAAACCACAUUUGAGACCCAAGAAUUAAUAAGAAUUAAUGCAAUCAAGUGAGCAAAGAAGUCCUCAAAAUGGGAUUACCAAAAACUAAUUACAGCUGAUUUGACUGAGUCUACAGGCAAACAGUAUAUAUUUAUAUGCGCAGUAUGUAAGAAUUGACCCUGAGAGCGGCUGUGACCAUAUAAGGAGGCAGAGGCAGGAGAUGAGUUAAACCCACACAGUGGGUAUUUAUUUGCAGUGUAUAAACCAAAAACCAAUAAAACACACCAUGCUCAGUCCAUUGUGCACACGAGAGACUCCCAGCUCAGAGGAAAGCGCUCCCCUAUAUACCCUCCCCGAUUGGGUGCUACCACGUGUAGGGGUGUGGAAAAACUGUAACCAGUUUAAUAUAACUAUUUAAAAAGCACCUACUUAAAAUAUACAAACCUAUGCUCCAGACUAAAUCACAGAACCCAAUUUCGAGUGUACAUUAAUCACAUACUGUGAUCAUCCUCCCAAUUAAAUUUUACACGUGGCACUGUUCACCCCCCAUACCCAUCUGCCAGUUGGAACCCUCCCGGAACGCUAAAAGGCCGUUUGUUUCCCCGGGGACUCUUUUACAUGUGCACCCUGGGAGUGGAGACAGAAAGGCACAGGUAAGUGUUCACAAUAUUCACGUCAAACUGAUUUUAAACUGCACUACUUCCACCUUUUACUCAAGCACACAAAUAUGCUGAAACCCUCAUCCACAUCGUGUGCACUGUGUUACAGGUGGUGCGGCUAAAUUAACCCCCGGCUACCGGACGAGCUACCGGACGUCCCCGGAGAACACCUAUACAUAUACACACACACACACACACACACACACACACACACACACACACACACACACACACACACACACACACACACACACACACCAUUAACCAAAUCAGAAUUAAAGUAUUUUGACUGAAAUACCUCUGUGGCUCAUCAUUUGCUAAUCAUGUGUAGCUUUUAAUUUAACAACCCUAAAUGUUGUGUCUACCUGCACUAUCUAUCUAUCUAUCUUAUCUAUCUUAUCUAUCUUAUCUAUCUAUCUAUCUAUCUAUCUACACUGCUUAGCUGCCCCAAUCCUCAGCUACUCACUGCAGUAGUAACGGAGACAACAGAGGCCUCCGUUACACAGUAUAUCAAAGUCUUCUUUGCUCAUUUGUGAAAAUAGGACUUUUUAAGACAUUUAAGGGCCUUACAUUUUUAAAGAUGUAAAUAAAAAAAAUGUAGAGGGUUCGUGUGAAAAACUCAGGGGCCACCUGGGGUAACUUUUUGUUAUCAUACCAUUUUUCAUGGCUUUACCGGUAAUUCAUUUAUUAAUGACUAUGUUAUUUUUGGUGCCUUUCACUAAGACUUCUUUAAUUCCCAUUAAGUCCCAAUCAAAAGCAUCCGAUCAUGCCUUUUCAAUUUUAAAAGAAAAAACUGUCAGCCAACAUUUGCGAUGGCCCCAAAUUUCAACUGUUGCACUUGAGAGAUGGAGCCUAAAAUGAGUAUAGGAAGCUUUUUUUAAAAAACAUCCCUGGAGACCUCUGUUGGUUGUCACUAAAUGCUAAAUUCUUGGUCAUACAAGAUCUAAAUAAAGGCUUCUUUCCAUCUCCAGCAAUAAUCCACCAGAGGGCAGUGUCUGACUACUUACAUUGGACAUGCAGUUCCUGCAGAUCAGAAUGAGCCUACCCACAAGGGAGUGGAGCUUGAAGCAGGACUGAGUUUUGUAUGUCCGCAUGAUUACAGAUGUCUGUUUAUUCUUGAACAGUCCACUAAUUUCAAAGAGAAUACUCAUCACAAUGUCAGAUGCAGGGUUUUAGACUUCAUACUAGAGUAGAGAAAGAUAAACUUGCAGACUCCUGGGAUAUGGGGCAUAAUAAAAAUCAAUCAAUCAAUCAUUCAAUCAACUUUAUUUCUAUAGCACAUUUAAAAGAACCACAAGGGUGGCCAAAGUGCUGUACAGUGACACAUAAAAACAAAUUAAACAAUCAAAGAACAAGAUAAAGCGAGCAGAAAUACGGUAAUGCAGAAGAAUAAAUAAGUGUAUAAAUAAGGAGGCUCACAGCAAGUGCUAAGAUGAUAAAAAACAAAUUAACACUACAAUGUACUAAAAGCCAAUGAGUAAAAGUGUGUUUUUAAAAGGGAUUUAAAAACAGGAAAUGAGGAGGCCUGUCUAAUUUUCAAGGGCAACCCAUUCCAGAGCUUAGGGGCAGCAGUGGCAAACGCUCUGUCCCCUCUGAGCUGCAGCCUUGUACUGGGGACCGUCAGUAAAAGCUGAUCAGCUGAUCUUAGGGGUCGGGGUGGGUAAUAAGGCUGGAGCAUCUCCGAAAUAUAGGGUGGAGCAAGAUUGUUCAGGCCCUUAAAAACAAAUAUUAAAAGCUUAAAAUGAAUUCUGUACUGAACAGGGAGCCAGUGUAAGGACGCCAGGAUGGGGGUGAUGUGCUCACGCCUGCGGGUCUGGGUCAGGAGACGUGCAGCAGAGUUCUGCACAAGCUGCAGGCGGGCAAGGGAAGCCUGGCUAAUCCCUACAUACAGAGAGUUACAGUAAUCAAGACGGGUAGUGAUAAAAGCAUGGAUUAAUUUUUCCAGGUCAGGUCUUGAUAAAAUGGGCUUCACCUUCGCUAUUUGACGUAACUGAUAAAAACUUUUUGUACCACCCCGCUGAUCUGCUUCUCAAAUUUAAAAUCAGGGUCAAAUUUAACUCCCAGAUUAGUGACGACCUCCUUUAGGUAGGGUGAGAGGGAGCCUAGAUCGAUGUUGGGGGGGUGGACGCCACUUGGUCCAAAAAACAUUACUUCAGUCUUGUUCUCAUUAAGACUGAGGAAGUUAAAAGAAAGCCAGGCUUUAAUGUCCUUAAGGCAGUCAGUAAGUUGUUGGACUGAGUUGGAGUUGUUCUGUGCUAGUGGAAGAUCGAUCUGACAAUCAUCAGCAUAAAAAUGAAAGGAUAUGUCAUGUUUCCUAAAAACAGAACCAAGGGGGAGUAGAUAAAAGGCAUAUAAAAGAGGGCCGAGGAUUGAGCCCUGGGGGACCCCAUGUGGAAGAGGAGCUGUUGACGUCACAGAGUUGUCAAGUUGAACGCAGAAACUUCUGUCCGUUAAAUAAGACCAGAACCAGUCCAGGGCGACACUCUUAAUGCCCACACAGUGCUCCAGGCGAGAGAUUAAAAUGCUGUGGUCGACAGUGUCAAAUGCAGCAGACAGAUCCAGGAGCAUAAGGACAACAAACAGCACAAGGACAAAAAAAAGGCCUACACCCUUCAAUACAUAGGCUAACAUUGCUGCAAAGCCACCUUAGACCGCAGCAAGAAAUCAUUUUGUUGAUGCCCGUGUGUGCUAGUGUCUUCUUGUUUACUUGGCAAGUAGACACUUCUUAGAAUAUAUAGGCUCACAUGCAGAGUUGGAGACAUGUGCUCGUGUUAAAAUGUUAGUGUUCGUUAAGACUACAUGAGCAUUUUCUCACUCAGAUGUCAACAAUUUAAAAAAAAAGCCCAUUCAGUGCAAAAUAUCCACUGGGGUGGAGCACUGUAAUCCAUCCAUUUUUGCAGGCUGCAACUUGAACCGGAGUUCAGUUUCGACUUCUACUCAAAGGGGCAGCAUUGUGCUUUGAACUUAUUAACACUGUGUUAUUUUAAAUGGUUACGCUGUGUUUUCACGACAAAUGUUCCUGACCUCAAUCUUAUUUCAAGUUGUGUUCCUUGAAAAGUGAUAGAGUUAAGUUCCCUGAAUCCUUCUACAGUCGACUGGUGAAGAUUUGGCAUUUAAUAAAAACGUUUUUGUUUUGUUUUUUUGGCAGGAAUCCUUGUUUGGGGCUUGCACUGCACCUUAUGAGGUGCACAUCAAAAGAGUCUGUUCACACAGUGUAAUCAUGGGAUGCCAUUCAAGUCUGAUUCAUCACCACUUUUUAGUAAAAAAUGGGCGAGGCAUGGAAAGGGAGGAGAAAGUUUUUCAAAUGGAGUGCAAAGCAAAAUUGAAGAAGACACCAGAUACAAAAGACAGCUUAAAGAAAUCCUGUCCCAUUGUUUAGUCAAAGAAAAGCAAAUAAAUGAGAGAAUCAUGUGAAAUCUACUUUUCUCCUCUCAAUCACCAAGUUCUUGUCUUAUACACAGGAGCAAAAUAUGAUGUAAGGAUAAUAUUAAGGAGUGCAAGUCGGCUUCUUUGCAAGCAUUGAUAAAAUGGGAUUUCCCAGAGAUCCCCUCCCUAUGCCUCCACAAAAAAAUGGAUAUACCACUUUGCAGAGGUCGUCUAAGCUAGCACACAAGUCUUAUUCAAAGUUAGCUUGUUUUGUGAAUGACAGUCUCAUAUGGUUCAAGUCUAAAUGACUAAACCAGUGCAAUGCUUUACACCUGCUCCCUCCUGAAGUUUGUUUUAACCCUUUUAUGCAUGAACAACUUCAUAAAAGUAAUUUGUAUUAUGCUUUGAAAACCACACAGCAAAAAGCUGAGACAUAAAUAGUUUUGAGAGAAAGGUUUUACUGUCAACACACUGUAAAUAUAUAAAAAAUGCAAAUUUAAAAAUACACAAACGCAGUAAACAGAGAGCUAGCCUAAAGGCCCAGUCAUGUCUCAGUUUGCAAAGUUUUUCUUUUGCAUAUUUUUUUCUGUAUUUGUGUGGUUUUUGAAGUGAAUUGUUUUUGUAUUUGCAAUAUGUCUGUUUUUACUGCAGUUGUUUUAUCUAUUGGUAUCCUGGACGUUUUUCCUUUAUUUCAUUUGCAGUUUUUUUCUGUCGUUGCAUGUGUUUUGAAUUUGCAGUACAGUUCUCCAACUGAGGAUUGUCGGACCACUGCACUAUGAUCCAUCAUACUGCAGAAACAAUCAGGUUUACAUGUUGCAUAAUUGUUGCUUUGAUUAUAUUUGUGUCUUCUAAUUGUGCAAUGGUGUAAGCUAUAAGUAAAACUGUUGACCCUGGAUACAUCAGGGUAUGUUUUGGCUACACUGAUUAAAUAAAAGUAUUUGGUCCACUUAAAGCAAACAGUUUUGCGUGUGUGUAGUAACAGUGUUCACCUCAUUUCACCCAUGCAAAAUCAACAACCUCUCAGGUUGCAUGGCAGCUCGUGACCUGUAUGUGUCAGAUUGACCUCUAACUCAACUCAAACUGCAUGAUAUAUGGAUACUUUUUUUUAUCCAAUGUGCAUGUAUUUCCCACGCAUAUAAACAGUACUAAUCCUUGCCAUUUUGAUAUGUGCCUACAGAAACUGGGCCAGCAGCCAGGAUGCUAUUUUUUAACUCUCUUGUGUGUAUGAAAAGCAAACAAGUGAAAAAAGCAGGUUGUUUUAGCGUCAAAUAAUGUUGUAAUAGUAACUGACAGUUGUUAUUUUAUGCAUGAGCUGGCAGUUCAAACAAAAUCAGCCCAACAGCUCUUCAAUGUUCACUCAUUGUAUUGCAUGAGGAUAUUCCCUGUCAUUCAUAUUUUGAUUUGACCCAUAACAAUGGUGUCAGAAGAAGUGAGCACACGUAAAAGCAGUUUAAAAAUACAACAUAAAUUUAACACUAAAUGUUCAACCCAAAAGUGUUCCUGUUUUUUUUAUAAUAUUGAGGGGAGGGUACACUAGCCAAAAGGACCAUUUUAUAGUUAAGCUACUCUGGAAAAUUUUUGUCAUGAAAAAAAGCUUUGGGCGUUUCUGCAGGUUUGGUAUUUAUGUGGUCUAAACUUGCUGGGUCAGAUUGGAGUGGUGAAGCUGGGUGUGUUUGUUACGCAUAUCAAUCAUGCACAGGAUAUUGAAAAUAUACAAAGCCUUGUUGUUCCAGAAAUGAACAACAGAAAUGCUUCAAACCUGCACUCAAGUUCACUCCAUUCCUAAUAGCCGCAGACAGUUAGCUGCUAAAAGUCCUGUUGUGGUUGACAGGGAAAACAGACAGACCAUAAGGUUGUUUAGCGUUAAAUUUAUCUAUGCGAUCUAAAAGACGGUCAGUGCCUUCCCUCUCCUUGACUUCCUGUGUAGGUCAAUCUCAUCCAAUGUGGUGGGCAUGGGCCCCAAUGAAAACAGUCUUGGCAUGUAACUAUAGCAUAGAGGGAUGACGCUUCUGAGAUGGAGCACAUCCUGUGGGUAUCAUGGGUAAAAACUGUUCCUGUUCUAUUGAUCAAAAUGACUUGCUGAAGUUCAAACAGAGCACCAGAAUGGGGAAGAAAGGGGAUUUAACUGGUCCUGAUCAUGGCAUGGUUGCUGGUACCACACGGGCUAGACUAAGUAUUUCAAAAACAUCUGAUAUACUGGGAUUUUCAUGCACAACUAUCUCUCAGGUUUAUAGAGAAUGGUCCAAAAAAGAGAAAAUACCCAGUGUGCAGCAGUUGAGGAAGACAAAGAAGAAGAAGAAGAAGAAGAAGAAGAAGAAGAAGAAGAAGAAGAAGAAGAAGAAGAAGAAGAAGAAGAAGAAGAAGAAGAAGAAGAAGAAGAGAAUGGGUAGACUGGUUCUAGCCACUCUUCACAACCAGGGUGCACCAUCUCUGAACCCACAAAACGUUCAACCUUGAAGCAGCUGGAUUAGAGCAAUUUAACAUCAUUUAACUCCAGUGGCCUACAUAGUGACCAGAUCUCAGUCAAAAAGAGCACCUUUGAGAUGCGGUACAAUGGGAGAUUCACAUCACAGAUGUGUAGCAAACAAAUCUGUAACACUUAUCUGAUGCUUUUAUGUUAAAAUGGACAAAUAUCUGAGGAUAUAUCUAAAGGAGAAUGGGAGUCUAACUGUCUUAAAGAACUAUGGCCUAGCCCAGGUGCCUCUUGGAUUCUGAUUACCAUGACCAGGGUAACCGAGAACAUUGAUCAAUUUUUAAACCCUGAUCCAAGCCCCUGACCAGGUAAUUCUUAUCUUAUCCAAUUAAACUCCAUAAAAACCUAUUAGCUAGCUUCUUAGUAAUGCAAUAUGACAAACUAGGAUACAACUUAGUGUGCAUUCCUACAAGGCCCAGUUGCCCAUUCCAAACCUUAACAAUGGUCAUGAGGGCUGAGAUGUGACUGAAGGGAUCACAGAUACAAGCAGCAAAAACAAGUUUCCUCCAAUGGGUGGCUGGGCUCAGCCAUUGAAAUAGGGUUAGGAGCUCCGACAUCUGCAGAAAGCUUGGUGUUGAGUCCCUUUUACCUGGUUUAGAAGGGAGUCAGUUGAGUUGGUUUCAGGCAUUUGAUAAGGGUGUCUCCUAUGCGCAUCAUUUUAGAGGUAAUCAGGGCAUGUCCAACUAGAUAGAGACCCUGGGGUAGGCCCAGAGCCUGCUGGACGGAUUACAUAUCACACCUGGCCUGGGAACACUUUGGAAAGUAUCACUGAAGAGAGGAUAUGGGGUGGCUUACUUGGACUGCUGCCUCUGCAACCUGAUCCUAGAUAACCGGAAGAAAUCGAAUGGAUGGACUGAUGGAUGUUUAUCUUUACUGCUAUGUGACACCUGGUUGAAAUGUGACCGGAAAAAUGAAACUCAAAUGCUUCACUGUGCCAUGCAGGAGUAACUGUACAUGCCAAAGGCUACCUCUCCUAACUGUGCCAGGACCAGGGAAGUGUACCAUACUGGGAUGUGUUGUGGAGAACUCACACUCACAAUAAUCAAACAGAGUGUGAGUGUGGCCUCAGAAACACAAGCUGCUGACUUAAGGUACCAUAAAGGCCAUCCAAGAAGUUGUUUCAUCCUGAAAUGUUCUUAGUCAUUCAUUUCCUUUCCUGUUCGUGAGUCACAGACUUUUUUUCUCAUGGUUUUACGUUCUUUCUGUAACACCACACUAAAGUAUAUCUUACAAAUCUUGUUGGAAAAGAACAUAAAUGAUAUUUAAGGGACUUUGGAACAGUUUCCUCCUUUGUUUUUUUCUUUUUUUUAAUCUCAAGUUCUUACAAAUGACUGAUGACAAUUGACUUCUGUCUUUAGUCUUGAAACAUGCAUGUGACAAAAUGGAUGCAAUCAUGUAUUGUUAAGGGCUUCAGAGCUGCACCACAUUAAGGAAUCACAUGACACUUUCAGUGAAAAGAAGCAAAACACUGAAUCCUUUUGUGAAUUGUAAAUGUGAGGCAGGAGCGUGUCAGUAAAAAAUGCUGUCUACUAAUACUGGGUUAUUGAUGUCUUGUCACAUUGCCUGUCACAGAAAUAACACUGCUGUCUCUACCUGUCACCUAAAGUACUUAAAAAAAAGUAAAUGGCCUGCGGUUUGUCUGAACAAAGAUUUUUUUUUAGAUUAACUUUCCCUAACCUUGAAUCAUAAGCCACGGCAGUUAGUGCAGGUGAAAAUCUUCAUGAGAAGGGUUACAUAACUCCCCAGGGGUGUUUUCUUCCUCUUCCCCUAUAUGUGCACGAUUGGGCCUAAAUGUGACCCCAUGUCCAAAACCGUGCAAACAUAAAUUGCUUUGGGAUGAUUUUACAGAACUGCAGUAUGAGGGGACACAUGGAAGAAAUCAUCUCACUUCUUUCAUUGUCUUUUGUCCUAAAUCAGACUCACCCAACACAGUCAUUAAAGCUUAUGCUACUUUUUUGAUUGGUGCCUGUAGGCAAAGCUUGUUUCUGCCACCACCGACAGAAAGCAGGUUCAGGCAAAGCAUGAGCGUAACUCACCAAGUAUGAAACGAGUUUGAUAUGACUGCUGAUGAGAGGAAAGAAAAGUGACUCUUAAAGGGUUUCAGGCAGGUUUAAUUCCUGUCAGAGCCUGUUUGAGGCUGCUUGUGCUAUGAGGGAGGUUACAAAAGCGAAAAGAUCAUCGACCCAAGAGUUGUGAAUAAAAAUCAAAUGCAUUUUUCAGGGCACACAAAUCCAUCUUAAGCUAACUUUACAAUUGUUUUAUACAGCUUUAUUUUCCAAUAGCAGAGGAAAAUGUAAUCUAGACUAGUCUAGUCUUGCGGUGUGGGUGCAUGUUUGUGGGUGUGAGUAUGGGUGUGAAUGGGUGUGAGGCAUAACUCAGAAAUGAGAUCUCCAAACCACUAUGACUGUUUGGUACAGUACAAAAACUGAAGUGUGUACUAUGGAGACAAAACAAAAAUUUAAAGCAACAAUGCUUCACUAUCACAGUGCUUAGCAUAUAUAAUAAAAUGCUAUUGUGAUACCAACCAAGGUACCUGCAUUUGCUUACGCAAAGCAUCUCUGUCAUCUGCAUGUUUGUUUCAUCUAUUGUGCUGAAAGAAAAAAAGAGUUAUGUGAUUUGCUGUUAAUUUGUUGAGUGGGAAUUUCAAGGUGAGACAGAGGUUGAUAGGGAGGUUUUAAGUCUUUUCGAUUCAGCAAGAGACAAAUAAGUUAAGCAUAAUCACAGUGAUUAUAACAAUAAAAAGAAUCAAUUCUGAGUAUGAGUGCCGUCAGUCUUUCAGGGCAGUUAUCUGCAGCAUGUAUGAGUGCUCUUUAGGCUCUUUAGAGAUAAACUGCGCAAUAUCUUUCAUGCCCACAUUGCAAUACUGACUUAUCUUUCAACCUGUUUUGAUUUCACCUCAUCCUGGAUACUGGUCUAAGUAAACGUGCCUAAAUAAACUAUAGCAACAGGUUAGGGGGUUGAUUUUUAACAAUGGUUUUCAUCUUUUUCUUUCACCUCUCACCAGAAAUUUUAGGAUAAAAUCCGUUCUGCACCUCUUGCUUUUCCACUUUCUUAGUCCAACCACUUGCAGGAGAUGACUGUCUUGUUUUGCUUGUAGAUUUGGCCUGUCUACAGAAAGUUUUUCUUUGCCUAUUUUGGUCAAGGAUUAUUGCAAAAACAUACUCAUGGUGGUUUGAUGUUGGAUCAUUGGCUAAAAAGAGUAAGGUCCAAGCUUGCUCUUUUAGUAGCUUCCCGCAACCAACAUGCUGAGACUUGCACCACCCCCAUCGCUGGUUACUUCACUGGAAUUGAAGAAGCUCUGCAUUCAAACCAGCACUCUACAGACUCUUUUUAGUAUAGUACCGUUUUAUUGAAACUUGACAUAAGACCCGGUAUGGGGAAAAAGCUUGGGUCAGCCUUUGCUGUGUAUCUGGCAGGCUUUUUCUGUUACCAGCUGCCUUUUCAAGCAUAAUCUAAAAUACUGUCACACAAUACCUCUCAGCAUCUUAUCCUGGUACAAAUAAAGGAUAAGACAUGGGACUACAAAUUCACAACUCUUGACAAAAUGUUGGGCCCAUUAAGGGCUGGCAGGAAUUUAAAGCUUUGUACUUUUUUCUCCAAGAUUUCAAAUAAUUUCACAUUUCAACCUUUACAUUCAUGCAAACAUCAGAGUUUUUACUCUAGAAAAUGUCUAACUCCAACUCUGCCAGUUUGCAAACAGUGAACCAGCCAAGAAACCCAUCUAUAGUUCAGUGGAUGUACCCUCUCAGCCUCGGCCAACCUGACUGUUAAAAUUGUUUUCACACUUUAAAUCUGCAAAUGACUCGCAAACAUUUAGUCUGACACACUUAGCUCUGCACACAGGCCUUUGUUAUAUUUCUUACACAACCUCCAAGUCAUUCCUUUCUGCAUGCUUACUCAACUUCUAGUACCAUUGUCUGGCUGCAUCACCCGGUCACAUCUAUCCAAUAAAACUGCAACACACCUUUAUGUUACGCCUUAAUUUUACACAUGCCUUUUUUUGUAUGACUCGUUCUCUGCCUCCAGUUCAUUCAUGUUGUUGUUGUGCGUGUUUCUCCAACACCCAGACACCGCCCAAUCUUUGCAGUUUCAUCAGCGCCAUCAGGGUCAGCAGAGGUUACCACUUACGUCUUUCUGCUGCUGCUCUUUGCAGACACUUUUCCUUAAAAAAAAAAAAAAAAAAAAAAAGAGAGAGUCUUGCAGCCAAAGGAUUGAUGACACAUUUUCUUUGAAAACAAAUGCUUGUUUUUUCUAAGAUGAUUCAAAUACAUGUAUCAAUGGAAGCAAUUCUGUUGAACUUUAAGAGCUGUCUGCAAGAUUUGGCAGGUGGAUAUUUCAAGGUCUGGUAUUGUGCUUGUUUUGAUUGGCCAGUGGUCUGGUUUUAUUACAGAUCUACCAACUCUGUGACUGAUGGGAAACAAAAGCAGACAGAAAACACCUGUUAAAAGUGAUCACUGCACUAACUCAUUGUCCUUGUCGGUCUGUCGUCUUGUCUGUGACACACUUUGAAUCACCGCUUUGUGAAAGACAAACUAGCCUUUACAACCAACUUCAGACGCAAUCAGCUGCCAAAAAAAUGAGUUGCUGGUGAGCUUUGAUGACUAGUUGGCACUAAUGGUGUCAAGUUCCCAUGAGAAGGAAUCUGAAUGACAAGAAAGGAGAGACCUGCCCUGCAUCUUUUGCAAAGUCAACAGCCACUCCUAUACAUAUGUUAAAUAGUAACCAUUCCUCUGCUGGUUCACAUGAUUAAACCCCUCCCUUGUGUAUUCUGUAAAUUUAUAAUGCACGGAAAAUUUUGAGGAGUGAAAUCCCAGAAGGAUCACAUGGCCUUAGCAUGCACUUAAUUUCUGCAUAUCAGACAAAAUACAAAUGAGAACAUGUAAAGGAUAAGACAAAGUCCCUGCUGAACUGCACAGUGAAAAGCAACUUGUUCCUCCCGUGUUGAUUUAUGAAUAUGACUUUGCCAUUAUGCAUUAAAAUUUGCCUCUUUCAUGCUAAUGUGUCAACACUGCAACAAAAACAAUAACAAACAAAUGAAAAAACAACAACAACAACAACCUUUAUUUGGCUAUUUUUUUUUGGUGGUUGACACCCAGAUAUCAGGCAAAGGUUUCAACAGUUUUGUAUCCAUGUUACUCUUGACAUGUUACUUGUGUUUAACAAAGUUCAUUGAUAAUGCCAGUGCAAACAAUGUGCAAAAACAGUGCAAACAACAACAAAAGAAUGGGUCAAGGCUGCCAGGAACAUAAACCUAAAAGUUUAGGGGACACACAUUUUGGUAUUGGAAACAGUCUCGGGUCCUCAUUCAGGAUGGUGUACGAUAGCUUUCUAUCUGUAGGAACUGUCCUUGGUGUUUGCAGAAGGCCCAAGCUGUGCAUCCGGUAUCAUAUCACUGAGUCAGGACUUGACUCAAAAGAACAUACACUGAUUGUUUAUACCAACAAGGUACCAUUGAAGAAAUCCUGAUUAACAAAAGCACAGCACAUUGUAAUGAUUUGAUGCAGGAUUCAGGCCAGCUAACACACAAGGGUGGACAAACAAUAUCAAAUUACAAAAGCUAAACAAACCAAACUGAUUUCAAACACAUCCGUCUGGUCGAUAAUUUUCAUCUGUUAUCCUUCACUGCCAGCCUUUAGUCCACAGUGUUGUCAACAGGCUGUACACAACACUCCCCCUACCGGCAAGGACUGGAAGUGCAAAAUAUCCUAAUACAAAGCUAAUCAGUUACAAUUAACCUUGGUUUAACCCUUGCGUGGCUCAAAACAUUCUGACAUGAUACACAAUGUUAUUUUUAUGAUAAACUAAGUGCAUGUUUUUCAGUUUAUGGCAUUCACUCCCCUUGAAAGCUAAUCGUAGAUGUGAGUGGAUGUCACAGACUUGAGGUGCUGACAGAUUUUCUCCACAAUGAAGGUGCAUGACAAAGGUAAAUCUUGCUGAGCUGCAAAACUUCAUGGGUGUGCCUUUGCUGAGUUACUUUUCUCCUGAUCCACCCUUGACAUUGGGCUGGUGGUGGGAACCAAUGAGUAUUUGUGAUGCUAUUGGCAAGCAAACCAACACUUCUGAGAAUCCAAUCUUGAGAGUCAUUUCUAAAGGGAUUCAGAUACAUAAACACUUUGGUGUGAUUUCUGGGAUUACAGCAUUACAGUAAAGCAUGCCCUCAAUCACCAAUGCACUGCAAGCUGCAGAACUUAUUUAAAAAAGCUUCCAAAUUUCUUAUGUUUUGGUAUGAUGCUAAAUUCUUCAUCAGAUGCAGUUCUACUUUACAAAAAGUGCAUCCUGAGAAAGGGCUACAUCCAAAAUGAAAAGAUGAAAUUCAGACAUAUGUGGAACAGCCAAAGGCUACCCACUCAGUGAAAGUGACUCCAGUGGCAUGCAACUAAUUACUUGCUACCUUUAGAUAAACCUGGCAGACCUCUUGGGAUAUGUUAGAGGCGUAAUGAGUGAAACAAGCUAUGAUUGGAGGAGGAAAAGGAGUGAAAAAUCUAUAGCACUUUCUUACAUUAUUGUAGGAGAAGUGAUUUUACCUUAGGGUGGUUGGCAUUCUUUCCUGACAGAGCUGGCCCUACAGUUGCCUCAGGACACCAAGCCUCCAUAAAGAGGCGGUGGUGAAAGUAGCUAUGAUCAUAAAUCAGUCCACCAUCACAUUUUGAAAACUCCUGCCAAGGCGCAUGCCAGAGUGAAAGUUCACAGGAAGAGAUAGUGAUAUGUGGAGAAGAGAAAGGCCCUAGCCCUUGCUUUACUUAUGCACUUGACCAGUUUGUUUUAUUUUUUAAACAACUUCAAAAUGACAAGGAAGUCACUCACAUCCCUAUCAUCAUUUUCCAUAAUUUGUGUAACAAUCAAACAUUAUACCCAUGAUUGUGCAAACAAAGACUUAAAUUAAUUCAAACCAUUUAUGCAUUUUUAUUCUCAAAAAUAGGCCGUUGUCCUCGUUCCAGUAGCUGCUUUCCAUGUCACCUCAUUUAGGUGAGGGUUCUACUAUCAUGUCUUUUGGUUUCUCCAUCUUAAAACACUCUUUGAGAGACUCUUAUAAGUGUCAGACAUAAGGAUUCCUCGCUGACAUUUUCACAGAGCAGAUUUAUCACAAACUAAGGGGUAGUAAUUAGUAUUAGGUAUCUUGGGUGCAGAUUGAUGGGUGAGCUUCUUGAAAGGUGUGGGGUAGGGUGAGGCAUAUGUGGAAUGGGGCUAAGCUUAAAUGCCAUCUCGGCAAACAAAGGCACUCCAAGCCAUCUGAGCAUCGACGCUACAAAUUUAAUUCUUACUAUCAAAAGUCAAACAUCUGCCAACUACAACAAGUAGAGGGAUAAUAGGUGCGUAAACAGUGACAACUGCUGAAUGGACUUCAUUAACACCUAUCACUCUAUAAAAGAAGCCUUGUAUUGUUGUAGCAUCUUAUGCAACAUGUAGGGACUGGUCUCCAUGGUAACACAACAUGUUUAAGAUGGUGCUGUUGUUCCACUUGUAAGGUUCACGACAACAAAGCAUUGUUUUACUCCCAUGUCAACAAAAACAGCCACUAUGUUAGUUGACCAAUGUCUUCACACAGGUGGGGCCCUUAAAGGGAUAUUCUGGUGUCAAAUUAAGUUAGGGUCAAACACACCGUAUCACUGAGUUAGACACCCCCUCGAAAGAUGAAUGUUGUCGACUGCUUGCUUCUUCAGUUAUACCAACUUUAGCAAUGACCGCAUGAUAGCGAUACACAGCGCUCUAUGCCUCCACGCCCAAACCUCAAUCAAAAAGCCACUUUAUAGCCACAAUUAAUGCUCAGAACAGCACCUAACUUCAUUAAAACAGUACAUAUAGGGUCCCAGCCAUAGUACUAGCCACCAAACAUCUUUCUAACUUUGCCUAAUUUCUUAAGCAAAGAGACUAAACACAACUCACCCACUUUCUUCCAGCAGCCGCUUGUUUGUAGGAAGAGCUCGAACGAGUCCAUCACCAACUGCAUAGCAGCGGGUUGAUGCAGCUUAAGGAAGAACACUUCUGAUCAUUUCUUCAUGGAAAUGCAAUCAGACCAAGAUGCUAAGACAGAAAAACUAUGGCGUCUGCAGAGCGAAAAUGAUUAUUAUAAUAAUUAUUACUUCAAGGAAAUAAUAAAGUAAUGAUCAUAAGUGGUCUUCCUUGAGCUGCAUCACCCCGCUGCACUCAGUGAUGGACUAGUCCGAGCUCUCCCUACAAACAACACUUAUCUCUCAAGGGGGUGUCUAACUCGGUGUUACAGUGUGUUUGACCCUAACUUAAUUUUACGCUUGAAUAUCCCUUUAAGUGUUCAGGAUAAAAACAUGCUUUCAUAAGAAUGAUGAGUGCUCAGUGGACAAACCUAUCCAAUUACACUCACGACUGAUGACCUGAAGUCCCAUACAGCCCAAUGAUGGAAAGUGAUGGAAAGUGAGAGCCACAUCGCUGGAGUUAUUAAGACAGCACUCUCCUUUCAUUAUAAGUUAAGUUAGUUAGGUUAAGUGAGGCCCAUGACACCUCAGAGAGACUUUGCAGUUAGUUCUGGCAUCCCAGAACCAACCCCUCCAUAUCAGCCCUCAGUAUUCAACAUUAUUGCUGUCUAUGUUAUAACCCAACCCAUACAGCCUUCUCACAUUCAGCAGACCAAGGCUAAAUCCACAUGAGCUCCAGGUAGUGAUACCUGCUUGACCACAUGGUCCCUAACAUCCAUAACACAUUAAAAAUAAAGUGUUUCCAGCAGGAUGUGAAAUAGAAACGUAUACUCUACCUUCCCAACUCCCUUAUUUUAAUGAGAGUAGAGAGAGCAAGAAACAAAAGACUGGAAGUGUUGAGACUUGUUAAAUAAGAGGACAGCAGCAAGGCUUGGCCCAGGUAAUAGUUGCUGCUAUAUCUGAGCCAAACAAUACUUGGAUUUUGGUGACUUUCUUUCAUUUACAGGAACCGACUGCAUUCUUCACGUUACCUUGAGGUGUUGACCUAAGGUGAAAAAACCCUGAGAUGCCCACAGUCUUGUAGGCAGUAAAGAAAAUCUUGUCAGACAAAGAAAUGAUGUAAACAAGACCAAACUUUCCAAACAGAGCUGUAAAGACUGAUAUCCUGUUAGCUUCUUCCUAACGCGGUUUACCAGCUGUUUUGAUACCUAACACAACAACUGAGAGACAACCUGACAGUAACUAGCUAAAAGGGAGUACAUCACCACCUAACAUAGCAAAGGUGGACAUGGUUCCAUCAGUAAUUCAAUUCUUGCCCAUUACAUGUCAACUUGGACCACGACAGCAGUCCAGUUAAUCUGUCUAUUUGAGCUAUGACUGUAGCAUCCUCAUCUUUUCAAGACCUUAUGUUUGCAAACAGCUCUUAGUCGCACUACAAGCAUAAUGUGAAAAUAGUGUUUAUUCUGACCAAAUAAUCUAGUUGUCAGACUCCACAUUGAAACUCUCCCUUGCUCACCCUCUUCUGUUCAUAAAGUGGCCUUUUAAACUAGAAUCUUGGUUUGACAUAUGAUAAAUGUGAUCCACCAUUUGUUGGUUUGUUUUAACCAUUGAAUGUUCAUCAAUAAAGUUGUUUUCUUUGUGUGUGUGUGUGUGUGUGUGUGUGUGUGUGUGUGUGUAAAACAACAACUACUCCCUUCCUCUUUUUAGCUAAUAUGACAGAUUCAUACUGAUUUAGAGAAACUUUAUUGAUCUCUGAAGGGAAAUUCAAUGGUUGUGCUGUUUAUUUAAGAGUGUUCGAUUUUUAUUUUAUCAAAGUCAAACUUAACACAACCAUCUGUGCUGUCAAUUUUGAGCUUGCCCUCAAGCUUGGAUCUGAUACCAAAUGACACAGAGCCAAAACCAUGACAACACUACUUCUGAGCAAUAAAAGUGUCUGAAACUUCUGGAAGAGCAAAUACACACAUGCAAACAGGAAAAAAAAGACAAUAAACAUAUUGUAUCUCGCUGUUCAAGUUUCUCAAUUUCGCUUGCAGGCUAUUACAUCAUGUCUCUUAACUUUCUAGCGGCAGAAAUGAACACGGGUGCAUCUUCUAGCAUUGUCACCCCCAAUUCUUUGUGCAGUAUUCCAAGAAACAUACAGAAACACAUGAAGGUUAAAGGUAAUGCUGAACACUUAAGAAUUUCCAGAUAAGAAGCAAGCAUGUCUUAAUGAGCCAAAUAUGCCCCCAGCGCCAUACACCCACAUUCAUUCAGACUUGAAUAUAAGCUGACAGAGCAAUCCACUUGAAGUGCCUAUGGUUGCAGGUGUUCAUUCUGUACUGUUAAGGACAUCCCAUUAAUAACCCUCAGCUAUUUCAGGGAGUGACACUAUGACAGUUUGGAAUUUAAACAAUAAAUAACUCAGUGUACCAAUAAAAACAAGCAAUAGGACUAGGUAUCAAACUGAGUACUUGUAUGAUCUAGCACCACAAAAUACUGACUUUUUAUAAAACUAAUGAUGUGAAUAAAACCGGGGGUCCAAAAAUUUAAGUACCAAUGGGGUCAUUCAGUAAAGAGUAAAGAAUGACAAUACUUCUGAUGUACCUUGCUCAAGAUACAGCAAGUCAGGGCAAUGAUGGGCCCAAAGAGGUUGCAGGUAAGGGCACACAUCUAUAAUAUUUUUGAUGCAAACUAAAAAGUUUGCAUGGGUAUUGAGUUACCUGAGAAAACAUCUUUUGCACACAAAAUAUAUAGUUAAAUAUAAGUUAAACAAGAAGGAAGGGAGAGGGCUCGCAGCUUGUGUUGCAUAUUUUGACCUCAAUGAAUUACAAGAGCCUGUAAAUGUGCACUAUGAUACACAAAGUGAAAAUGCUGACUUGCUUUUUUGCAACUGUUAAUCAACAAAGACUUUAGUCCCCCAAAAAAAUUCAUAAUUUAAGGUUUAAAUUUUGAAUGGUUACCAGGGGUUAAGAUAUUCUUAUGUAUAAAACUCAAAGGCUUUUUUUCCCCGACAUUUUAACAAUGCUGGUCCUUGUGUAAAAGAGCAGAGACCUUUAAGGUAAAGAAAGGUAAACUCUUAGGUGAAUCACAGCUUCAGGGCAGCCUGCUCUAUAGGGGAUAGUGACUAUGCAGCUGCACAAGAUGACGAUAAAAGAUAUGUGAACUUAAACUUUAGCAAGUUGCCUCAUGCUCUGAGAGAGAACAGGUACACAGAUGAUGAGUCCCUCCUCAGUUCAGACGUGUCACUCAUACACGCACAGCGGCAUAAGUGAUUUAAUAAAAAAAUCUGUACUGUACGUGCAUUCCCUUUAACUGUCAAGACACAUGCAGUUUUAAGGUACUGAACAUGCUCAUUAGCCUGAGGUGAAUCUAGUUAUAUAAGCUGUUGGUGCGGUCCUGCCGGUUUCGUGUCUCAUACCUUUUACGAGAGUUAGUAAAAUGAAGAUGCCUCUUUUCACUUUCUAAGUCACACCUGUGAUUCAACAACAACUACUGAAAUUAUUCCCUAGCCGUUCACCAGUUAAUAUUUUGUCGUAAGUCUUGCUAAACUUUGACAGUAGAUGUUAUACAAAAAAAGCUGAGCGGACCAAGCACUGACCCAUGAGGCAUCCC